AUGAGACAUGAGCUAGCUCACAUAAAUAUUAGAGAAAAUGUUACUCCUGUGUAUGUUAAAGCCAGGUUGGUUCCAUAUGCUAACAAAUGCAAAGUUGAAAAUGAACUUAAAAAGGUAGAAGACAAUAAUGUAAUACAUAAAGUCAAAUACAGUGAUUGGGCAACUCCAAUUGUGGUAGUCCCAAAGUCUGAUGGCACAGUUAGAAUCUGUGGUGAUUAUAGUGUAACAAUCAAUAAGUUCAUUGAUGAUGAAGUGUAUAAUCUUCCAAGCUCAGCUCAGCAAAUCAUGUCUAACCUGUAUGCUGAAUUAGCUGGAAAACGUGUUUUUACUAAGCUAGAUUUGUCCCAUGCAUAUGCUCAACUAAAUUUAGAUGAACAGAGCAAAAGCUAUGUUACGAUAAACACGCAUAAAGGUCUUUACUCAUACAACAAAUUACCAUAUGGUGUAAAACCAGCUUCAAAGAUCUUUCAAGGCAAAAUUGAUAAGAUAUUGAACG